CACUGGCCGGAAGUGGCCCCGUGUGGCUCUCGGAGACCCAGGUUCUCGAGAACUACUACAAGGGGGUGCGGGGAAGGCGGGGCUCGGGGCUGGGCGGGGCCCGCGGGAGGGCCGAGGGGCGGGCGGACCUGUCCCUGCCGGUCCCCGGCGGACCCCGCCUGCCCCGGCGGCGCGGCCAUGAAGCUGAAGCUGAAGAACGUGUUUCUUGCCUACUUCCUGGUGUCGAUCGCUGGCCUCCUCUACGCGCUGGUUCAGCUCGGCCAGCCAUGUGACUGCCUCUCUCCACUGCGAGCGGCAGCUGAGCAGCUUCGACAGAAGGACCUGAGGAUUUCCCAGUUGCAAGCUGAUCUCCGCCGCCCACCCCCUGUCCCAGCCCAGCCCCCUGAACCUGAGGCUCUACCUACUAUUUAUGUCAUUACCCCCACCUAUGCCAGGUUGGUACAGAAGGCAGAGCUGGUUCGGCUGUCGCAGACCCUGAGCCUGGUGCCCCGUGUACACUGGGUGCUGGUGGAGGAUGCUGAGAGCCCUACCCCGCUGGUCUCGGGGCUGCUGGCUGCCUCUGGUCUCCUCUUCACACACCUGGCUGUCCCAACCCCCAAGGCUCAGCGACUUAGGGAAGGUGAGCCAGGAUGGGUUCGGCCCCGAGGAGUAGAACAGCGCAACAAGGCCCUGGACUGGCUCCGAGGCAGAGGGGGUGCUGUUGGUGGGGAGAAAGACCCACCACCACCAGGGACCCAGGGAGUCGUGUAUUUUGCUGACGAUGACAACACCUACAGCCGGGAGCUCUUUAAGGAGAUGCGUUGGACUCGUGGUGUUUCAGUGUGGCCUGUGGGGCUGGUGGGCGGCCUGCGAUUUGAGGGUCCUCAGGUACAGGAUGGCCGGGUUGUGGGUUUCCAUACAGCAUGGGAACCCACCAGGCCCUUUCCCCUGGACAUGGCGGGCUUUGCUGUUGCCCUGCCCUUGCUGGUGGCUAAGCCCAAUGCCCAGUUUGAUGCUACUGCACCCCGGGGCUACCUGGAGAGUAGUCUCCUGAGCCAUCUCGUGGAUCCCAAGGACCUGGAGCCACGGGCUGCCAACUGUACUCAGGUACUAGUAUGGCACACACGGACAGAGAAACCUAAGAUGAAGCAGGAGGAGCAGCUGCAGCGGCAGGGCCAGGGCUCAGACCCAGCCAUUGAGGUGUGAUGGCAGCUUCAUCCUGACUUCUACCUUAUUUUAGGCACAUACCUUGUGGGACUGGGCUCCAGGCCAAUCCAGGAUGUGGUUUUUUUUUUUUUUUAAAAAAAGACCUGACCCCUCAGAAGCAGAGGCAGCCCCUCCAACCACAGGGUGUGGCCCAGCUGCUUUCCUCCCUUCCCCCAGCCUGCCAUGUGGCACUGCCUACAGGCUAGGGACAAGCAGCUGUUGUAUUGAGCCAGGUCAGCCCCAUCUGGGGUGGAGCAGGACAGAUGGACUCAGGAGGGAGGGUGGCUAAGGGAACUGGGUAACUUAUUGGGGACAAGCAUGCACUGGGGGGCUAGAGGAGCUGGGCUGGACCCUCCCCACCUGAGCAUGCGGAUCCCCUUCCUACCUCUAGAAUAAAGAAUCUCAA